CCGGCAAUUCAUACUUCAGUUAAUCGAACUAGUAUUUUUUCCGAUACUCCACCACUACCAAAGAUUCUUGUAAUGAUUUACCUACUAAUGGUAGGAAUGGUGGUGUUGGUAGUGGUAAUGAUAGUGGGAAAAAGGUUUCACAAACCGACACCUCUUGCUGCAAAAGAGAAAGAGAAGGUGGUGCCGGACAAGCAGUUUGAAGCGGAUACUGGACAACCUGCUGCUAGCGAUGCAAAAGCUUUGUCAGAGGGGAAAUUGCCGGCCGGCCUAAGGCAUGAGCAUUUGCCAAAACAUGUGGCAGUUAUUCCGGAUGGUAACAGGAGGUGGGCAAAAAAGAAAGGAAUGCCAUCUAUAUUAGGCCAUGGUGCGGGUGUGCGAAGUCUUUUGCAAUUUGCUGACUUAUGUUGCAACUGGGGUAUUGAGGUCUUGACAGUAUUUCUAUUCUCUACUGAGAAUUGGGUUCGACCUCGUUAUGAAGUAGACUUUCUAAUGGAAGUUAUUCAAAAAGGAAUUUUCGAGGAAGGGCUGGAGUUGUUCAUGAGAAAAGGGAUUCAAGUAUCUGUAAUAGGGGAUCCUACGAAGCUACCGACUUCGCUACAGAACUGGAUAACAAAGACAGCAGAAGCUACUAAGAACAACUCAAGACUCCACUUUAUCCUGGCAAUUAACUACAGUGGAAGAGACGACAUUGUACAAGCAUGUCAAAGUAUUUCUCGCAAAGUAAUGGGUAACUCUAUCAAAGUAGAAGACAUCGAUGAAGCCAUAUUUAGUCAAGAACUUAAAACAAACUGCACUGAAUUCCCUUACCCCGACCUACUCAUCAGGACUAGCGGCGAGCAGCGGAUCAGUAAUUUCUUAAUGUGGCAAUUAGCUUAUACUGAAGUUUAUUUUGAUGAAUGUCUGUGGCCUGAUUUUGGCGAGAAAGAAUUUGUCAAGGCAUUGCUCUCAUUUCAAGGAAGACACAGACGAUACGGUGGGCAACAUUAGAAGGAGACAGGAAUUUCUAAACUAAAAAGAAAGCAACAUUGUUAUAGAAAAAUGUGUGCUAACGAAACGUCUAAUAAUAUGGCCCUCGUUGCAAACAGUAUAUUAGUGCCGACAUAGUUUUUGUUGUAUUAAGCAGCUGAAGCCUGAAAUUGAAACUCGUUUUUAAAGAUAGAGAAACACAAGUGGCCUGUAUUGAACUGUCCAUCCCAUCACCGUUGCGUGGAGGUCUGCUCUUCACAAAAUGAAAACACUGGCCCUUGUAGUUAAAUGAGCCUUCAAUAGCAGCUCUUGGUGGUGCCAUUUGGUACCAAAUACGUGUAAACUAAAAAAACAUUUUGCAAAGUAAAGCUACAAAGACUUGUCUGCUCAAAAAUGGGCUAGAAAAACCUAUAAAUGUACCACCAAAACAGGCAAAAGAUUGAGAA